CAAACUAUCCCUUUAUGGUGCUAUAUAUGUUUCCAGUGAGACAGGCUGACUUGAGACGGAUGCCUGUAAAGUUGAGCAGGGUAAAGCAGCAGGAGACAGAGCUUCCAGCUGCUCUCUGCUGCUCCUCCCACCUGCAGCAGCUCAGGAUCCAGUUGCAGGUUAGUUUUCACCCAGUGAGGAGCAACAUCGAGAGGGUCAAACUGGUCUGGAAAGGGUCAGACAUGGCUGCAGAAAACAACCUUAGCUAAAGCAAAAUCUAUCCAAAAGAACCUUAACCACCGUUUCAAUAUAUGAUUUUAUACAAUGGAUAAAGCACACACAGUUUGUGUUAACAACUGGCACUGACUUGACUUGGAGGAACAGAACCAGAACCGUAUGAACUGAAGCAGUGAUCAUGUUGAGCCACUAGACACUAACUCGAAGCAGUGGAAAGCUGAGGACGCAGUGAGCGGCAGCAGUCAUCAUGAUCGACCUGAGUUUCCUGACGGAGGAGGAGCAGGAGGCCAUCCUGGCUGUGUUGAGAAGAGAUGCUGAGCUAAAGAAGGCUGAGGAACAGCGAGUCCAGAACCUACAGAAGACUGUGAGUGACAAGGGCCAGCUGCGGUACAUGACUGGAGAAUGGUUCUACGAGACCAAGCAGCUUCGUCAUCAGGAUCGCAUCCAUGGCUCCGAGAUCAUCAGGGCCUCCAUGAGACACUCACAUAAACCCCUGACUACAUUGGAGCUCUCCCAGAUAUGGCCUGAGAAGCCCAGUUAUGUCAGCAGUGAAAAUAAAGACGUGUUCGCCCCACCUGUACUCUGUGGAGUCCUUCAAGAGCCUGAAUAUCAAAACCAGAAGCCAUAUGAAACACCUCAAGAUACACCAAAUCCAGUGUUACAGUCACCCACAAAGCAAAGGAAAAAUCCAUUCAACAGUGAUGUCAUUACAAAUCACCCUUUUGAAGAAAAGGACAGUCAGUUAUUGGACGGAGCGGUGGAUCAAGUCACCGACACCCAGACACUGAAUGAGGAGCCUUUACCAUCAUCUGAUAGCUGCAUUUCUUAUGCUAGUAACAUUAAACAAGACCAUAAUGACAGCCCGAACGCAUCUGUUCCCAUGUCAAUGCCCGAAAACAGAGAAGUGAUCACCCGUUCUCAGCCCUGUUUUGUUGAGGAAGACGGGCAAGGAGAUCAGCAGACUAACACCGCUGCUCCGAGGGGCAUCCUCAAGCGCUUGUCCACUUCUAGCUCCACAGACUCUCUGUUCUCUCGCCUGGACCUGCAGAGUCCAGUUAGCCUGGAUUCUCUCCCUGAGACCUGGAUAGACAGGAAGCAGGUGAGGUUCAGCUCUACGGUCGGUUGGAGCGAAUUGGAGUGGCAAGAUGGGAAGGAGCUGGGAGAGCACAGUUUGCUGGACGUCGACUCCGUCACUCCCUCUGAACUGGAAAAUAAUAGUGACCUUGACCAUACUGGUAGUACCACUGUUGGCACACGUAGGCCUUUACUCAGACAGAGCCAAGUGGAUUCACAGGAAGGUGAACUCAAUUGCAAAGAUGAGGCAAGCCUCCAAGAGCAAGAAGCUGGCCAACACCCGGUUCUUGGUGAUGUCUCUGAGCACUGUCAUUCAGAGGUCCUAAGCCAUGCAGUGCCCAAACUCGUUUCUGCUGAGCAGGAGUCAGGUAAGCCUGUUCACCUGGAGACAGAGCCUGAAGAGGAACAGCACUCUCAGGCUGAGGCCACAGACUGGCCAACUGGACACAACAUCCAUCCCCAAAAGCUGCCUGAACAGAGAACUGACAUUUCUGUUGAGGUCACCUCAGACACCAAGCCGUUUAAUGGCAGACCAAAGGGUUCAUCUCAUGCUGUUUCACCAAAGCCUAGACACAUUUUUGAGAAAGAGAGAACUGCUGAAGUACAGAGUCCACAAAAAGAAGAGGUAAAGGUACCAAAACAAAGUAAAAACCAGCAACACCCAAAAUUCCCCCCAGGGGCCUUUAUUCCCCCUCUACACAGUUCAACACUCAAUAACAAAGUGGUUUCCCCACAAGCUGAUCUGAGAACAUCCAUAUAUAACAGAGACAAGUCUGAGGAAGAGGCACAAGUGUCUCCAUACAAAACCAAGUCUAAUGUUGUUUUGAAAUCAUUAAAAGUGACAGACAAGGGUUUUGUCAGUCAGAGUUCAGACAGGUCACAGCUGAGGAGUCUUGGUAGUACUGGGGAUGUCCAGUCAACAUGUCACCAAUCCCAAGUCAAGGCUAAUACAGAGCAUCAAGAAAGACCCCUCAGUCCUAGUAAAUCCCAAUCUCCGAAAUCAAAAGACCAGGAUGACGAAGUCAGGAGGAGUCCAUCAAAGACCUUCCAUCCAAGGGUCCUACCUAGAGAAUCAUCCAGUCCUAAGAUAUCCAAGCUGGAAGGCUCUCCCUUGAAAACCUUUUCAAUAGACAUCGACCCCCAAACUAAGGUGGUUGAAGAACAAGAAGUGAAGGCGACACCAGUACCAAGACAGAAGAAGAGUCCCUCACACGAAGCUAAGCAGACAGUGCAGACAGACGCUAUCCCUACCACAGACAUCACCUCUCGUCCUCUCCCUUUACUUCCAGAAGACAGAGCAGCUUAUUUUGGCAAUGUGAAUACACAACAAAGUAGUUCAAGCUCCUUUACAUCAACACAAUCCAAAAAAGCUUCAGAGAAGAAGUUGGGGACCUUUGCACGCCUCGCCAGAUCUCUCAUCCCUCAGGAUUAUCAGCAUUACCUUGGGCCACAGGAGAAGGCCCAUGUCCCUCCUUUUCACCAAGACAGAGCUGUUGCGGCAGAAAAGGAAGUGGAACACACACCACAAAAUGCCCUCAGAGACUUUGUGGGAAACCAGAGAGACAGUUCCACUGUUGGGAAUCCUCCCGCAGUCACUUCUUCGAUUGUGCAAAAUAAAGACGGAUACUCCAGCCAAAACACAUCAACCAGGGCCGGGUCUCUGUCUCGGGCAAGUUCAGGAAGUCAUGAUGACAGUUCUAGUCCCAUCAUUUCAGCCCUUAAACAAUUAUCUUCAAGGAACAUAUCCUCAUCCAAAAGUCUGGAAAACCUCACCUCACAAACAAGAGAAGAGAGGACCCAAAAUAACUCAAGAGAACAAAUGAAUCAAAGUGUGGAUAACGUUUCUUUGCUUCCACCAUCAGCCUCUACUCUCCCCAACUCAAAGCAGAUGAAAAGCAGUGUGUCAGUGACUGUUCUUCAGCAGGACGAGACAGAUAGUGACAGCACUUCUGAGACCAUCUUGGGCUGGAGAAGAAACACGGGCAGCUCCACAUCUAACUUAAGUCUCUCCUCAGGAAUGGCCUCCAUGUCGUCUGUCAGCGGCAGCAUGAGCAGCAUUCACCCUGCAGAUUUUGGUGAUGUGGAGGUCCAGGGAAGCAUCCAGUUUGCUGUGAACUACAUCCAGAAGCUUGGAGAGUUUCACAUAUUUGUGGUGCACUGCAGGGAUCUAGCCAUGGCCGAAACUAAGAAGAACUGCACUGACCCAUAUGUGAAAUGUUACCUUCUUCCUGACAAAACCAAGUUGGGAAAGAGAAAAACCACUGUAAAAAAGAAGACUUUAAACCCAACCUACAAUGAAAUCCUCAGGUUUAAAAUCAUAAUGGAAGUGUUGAAAACUCAGAAUCUGAACAUCUCGGUGUGGCACAACAACACUUUUGGGUGGAACAGUUUCCUGGGCGAGGUGGACCUGGAUUUAUCAGAGUGGGACUUCAGCAACACUCACAUCAAUGAAUUCCCACUAAAGGCCAGGGUCUCAGCACAAAGUCCAGCACCGUCUCCCCUGCUAGUGAUGGACAGCAGAGGACAGAUGAGGGUCGCCCUGAGAUUCCUGCCGCAGACGUCCCACAGUAAGAGGACAGCUAGGAUAGAGACUGGUGAGGUGCAAAUCUGGGUGAAAGACUGCAAGAAUCUUCCUCCAGUCAGAGGAGUUAUUAUCGACCCGUUUGUGAAAUGCACUGUGCUUCCUGACACGAGCCAGAGAAGCCGACAGAAGACGCGGGUGGUGAAGAGGACCGCCAACCCGAUGUUUAACCACACCAUGGUGUACGACGGCUUCCGACCAGAGGACCUUAGAGAGGCCUGUGUGGAGAUCACAGUGUGGGAUCACGACCGACUCAACAACCACCACAUUGGCGGUCUGAGGCUUGGGUUAGGGACAGGGAAGAGUUACGGGUUGGACGUGGUUUGGAUGGAUUCAACGACAGAUGAAGCAAACUUAUGGGAAAGGAUGUUACAGUCUGAUGGUGAAUGGGUGGAGGAUGUUUUACCUCUGAGAAUGUUGGUCAUGGCAAAAAGCAUGUCAAAGUGAGAUUGUAUAAAAUGUGUGGAAACGUUAUGGGAGCACACUGUAUGCACAUUUGGAUGGAUCUACAAAGUAUACACUAUGAGUGGAAGUAGCAGCCUUAAUGAGCAAUGUGUAUGUAUCUGUAUUAUAAAUAAAUAUGCAUGGUACUUAAGUUUGUAUAGUACAAACAACAUGUUAAAUCUGUAUUCUCAAAAAGGUUAAUUACUUAUAAUAUAUAUGAUACAAAAUAGGGCUUAGAAUACAAUCUAAAUUAUACAAAUUACAGAUUGUUUCGAUCUGAGCACCAAUGAUUUGUAUAUAGUCCUAUUGUUCUAUUAAGUAAUUACUGCAUUAAACAAUUCUCUCUUCAAUAAACAGUAUAUUCAUCUGA